AUGAGUGACACCGGAUAUUGUAUGCAAUUGGGGACCUUACGUUAUACUUUCUUCUCUUCCCCCCUCUCUCUCUCUCUCUCUCUCUUUCUUUCUCUCUCUCUCUUCAUCCAUUUUCACCCAAUAAUUAUAAAACUAUCCACUUUUUUUUCACCAUCUUUCUUAUUUGAUGUUUCUUUCUUUUAUCUUCUUUCUUUUCUGGGCGGCUCUUUAUUCCUUUUCUUCUUCGCUGCACUUGCGGAUUCUCCAUCACCGUCCAUGAUUUCUUUCUUUUUUUUUCCCGCUCCCUUCCACCGCCUUGACGCCGAAAGCGGGGGUGGAUGGAAGGCACGCACCCGUUUUGAGAGAGUUAUCAAUAAUAUUGUUCUAAAUUCGAAUCCGCGGCUAUCUCCCUUUAACCCUCUCUCUCUCUCUCUCUCUCUCUCUCUCUCUCUCUCUCUCUCUCUCUCUCUCUGGGCCUUCUUUUCCGUUUAUUUUGUCUGUUUCUUUCUUUCUCUUUCUUUCUUUCUUUCUUUCUUUCUUUCUUUUAUCUUUCUUUUUCUCUUUCUUUCUUUCUUUCUUUUUUCUUUCUUUUUCUCUUUCUUUCUUAUAUGUCCCCGUCGAUUUUUUCUCCCCUCACGUCGUUUUUUUUCCUUUCUUUCUUUCUUUCUUUCUUUCUUUCUUUCUUUCUUUCUUUCUUUCUUUCUUUCUUUCUUUCUAUCUUUAUUUCUUUCUUUCUUUCUUUCUUUCUUUCUUUCUUUCUACCUCCAUCCUUUCUAUUUCCUUUUUAAUUAUUUUUUCAUAAUACUGUUUUGUGAUAUCUGUUUUUUCUCCUCUUCCUCCUAUUACGUAUUCACACUGUCCUCCGCCAUCUUUCUGACAGUCCCGAUAUCUCGUGUAAACGGGCGUGGUCCACUUGCCAUCCAUGCCCGUGCCAACCGACCGACCGACCGGCCGGCGCAAUUGCACGUGACCAGUCGCCGCACGAUGACUCAAAAGCCAUGCUUUCUUUUUCGCAAUUACCAACUCUUUGUUCACAAUAAGCCCAACGCUUAUUUCCUGUUGUUGUUCCAAAUGAUGGAGUGCUUUCUUCCGUCCGUCCGAAGACAACAACGCGAUCGAAGCUUUCUCGAAUAA